CGGAGAUUCGUAUUCUGGUCCGAGGAGAAGGCUGAGAGUCUCACAAAAAGUACGGCCUGGUCAUCUUUCCGCCCUCCAUCUUCUCUUCCAUUGACAUCUCUUCGUAAGUACUUGCUGUUUGGUCCCGGCCUCGAGGACCACAGGCGCAAACAAUGGAGUACUUCGAUUUCGACGACGCCUCCCAUGCCAUCCCCGCUUUGGACCUUGAUGAUUGUUCGUCGGUCGCGGGCGAGGCCUGUGAGACUGAUGCCACGGACUGUUAUGAAUCGCUCUUUUUUGACAAAUCAGCGGCCCUUCCGACGAGUCGACCGCCGGCCAUCAAAGUCGUCAAGCUCAAGCUAAUCAACAACGUCGAAAUUGAGGCUAUUCCACAUCCUUCCGACAUCACCGCCGAAUACCCAAUGUUUCGUGCCAAAGAGCCUUGUGACCUUUGCGCGCGAAUGGGCCUCGAUUGCUUCUUGGCUACAAGAGGCGCUCUGGUCACGGGCUGCACCUGUUGCAUUUCUCUAUAUCGAGAGUGCAGCUUCGUUCACCCGAAAAUCCCCAAGGGCUUUGUCAACACUUUCCCGGGUAUCGCAGAAGACCAGCAGAUCACGGAAGGACCGUUGACUGAACGCAGAAAGGCCAUGAAGUCAAUGGAAGAAGGACGAGGCCGAAAGACUGGUGCUCGGUUUCCCCGCGACGCCGUGAAGAUUUUGAAACAGUGGCUUGCUGAACAUGCUGACCAUCCGUAUCCCAACGAGCGCGAAAAGGACGAGCUUAAGCAAGUCACCGGCCUGAAGAGGAGCCAGAUUUCCAAUUGGUUGGCCAAUGCACGCCGACGAGGAAAGGUCAGGCCUGCCGAAUCUGGCCCAUCCUCACCUAUGCUGGGGGCAAUCGACAUCCCUAAUAGAGUCGACAACCCGGAUAUUACAGAACUCAACCCCCUAGAUCGUUGGAAAGCUUCGCCACCAGAACACGAACCCGCAUCCAUGACUGCCAUUGCAAGAGCCGUCACUUCCACCCCCCUACCAGUUCGCAACCCAUCUCUGCCGAGUAUCCACGGCUCGAGGCCAAGCUCGAGGAAAGCUUCGAGCGAAGAUGAUUCAUCCUUCUCCAUGUUCCGCGCUCCGUCGGUAAGCAGUUUUGGAACGAGGGAAUCUAGCAAUUCCGAUCUUACAUUUGCCUCCUCACGAUCGAAUCGGUCAAAGGGUUCUUUUGCUUCGUCCCAGGACCGACGCAGGCGCAGGCGAGCUCCUGUGGCACAACGCACGGCGGCUCAACAGGCCAAAUCGCGAGCAGCAAGAAUCUUUCAAUGCACAUUCUGCACAGACUCUUUCCCUGCCAAGUAUGACUGGCAAAGGCACGAGAAAUCUCUCCACCUUGCUCUAGAGCGGUGGACAUGUUGCCCCAGUGGUGGUACCAUGACUGACGCACUGACGGGCAUGGAACUUUGCGUCUUCUGCCGCGAGCCAAACCCUUCGACGGAUCAUUUGGAGUCGCACAAUUUCACAGCAUGCCAAGAGAAGACAUUGCAGGAACGUACCUUUUAUCGGAAGGACCACCUCAGCCAGCACCUGAAAUUGAUGCACAAUGCAAAAGUGCAGUCUCACAUGGAUACCUGGAAGAGCACCACGAAUGAGAUCAAGUCCGCUUGUGGCUUCUGCCCAUCCAAGUUCACCACUUGGCAACAACGAGCAGAUCAUCUCGCUGCUCAUUUCCGGAACGGUUCGGACAUGAGCAAUUGGGGUGGCGGAUGGGGAUUCGAGCCGUAUGUCGAAAGACUGGUCGAGAAUGCUAUACCACCCUAUCUCAUUGGCCACGAGAGGAACACGAUGGACCCAUUUGUUGCGAGAUUGAUGGCCACACCGUCCUCCAAUACCGACGGAGGAUUAACCAACGGCACCUCUGCCGAAAGUACGGAGCCUGAUCAAAUGACUCGGGACUCUAAUUGCUGGGGUAGACUAGAGCAAGAACUGAGCAAGUUUGUAUCGCAACAAAGAAUUGCAGGACACAUUCCGUCAGACAAGGACCUGCAGGACCAAGCGCGCAUGAUCAUUUACGAGGACAACGAUCCCUGGAAUUGGACCUGUGCGGACAAUCAGCAGUGGCUUGACACUUUCAAGUAUCAACAGGGAAUUGGAAAUGUGACGGAUGCAAUGGUGCCGACCCAAACCCUGGCUGAAGUGCCCAUCCUGGCCCCAUACGUGAUCAAGGGCGGAUUAAAGUCGAAGCCUGCAACCACUCAAAGCCAGCGCAGGAGCUUGUCCACUGAUACCAACUCUUUCCCAGCCAUGACACCGGACUGUGGCAGUGUACCCAACUCGACCGCAGCUGGCGCAUUUGACAAUGGCAUGGAGCUUGACUUUGACAGCAUUGACUUCAGCAACCUUGAUCUGGGAAUGGUCGACGAUUUGAACUUCGACCUAGGACUCGACAACAGCCAAGGAGGGAUGACCUGCGGGGGUGGAAUGGGGGUGUCAAUGGCGCCUGCGACGCCGUUCUCAUCGAGUAUCUCAGGCGAUAAUCUGUUCGCCUCGUAUGGGAUGAAUCGCCCAAUGGGCAUGGGAAUGGACAUGAACACAGGGAUGCCUCUUCAGCAGCAAGCGACACAGGCAGGCGGCAAUGGCGAGUUCAUGAGCGACCGUGACCUGAGCCAACUGUCUGGGUACGUGGCAGGAUUCAACUGAUUUCGAGAACCAGCAAAGAGAAUAGAGGGAGGCUGGAAUAAGCUGGGUGGGCAUUGGAGAGUAUUUCAACAAUGUAACAGACGACCACAGUGGCCAGACGUGGAUUUGCGCUGUCAGGCGGAGGGCGCAGGGCUCAACUGAGGAAAAGAAGACACGGCGCCACCGGUCCACAGACUAGUCAUGCGCGCCUCUGACGAGAAGUAGAAAAGUAAUCAAUAACAUAAUGAACUAUAAGA